AGUGUAGAAAAUUAAUAUUUAUAAGUAUUUAUUAAUUGAUUACUGAAAUCUUUAAAUAAAUGGUGCGUAGGCGCGGGGAUCACACCCGCAACAACUGAAGGGGGUGGGUAGGUAAGAAGCAAAGUUGAAAUGGAAGCUCAUGCCAUGUCGAGAAUUACAGCUAUUAGCUACCAUUACCAACUACCCUUUAAUCCUUGGCUUCUCUAAUCUUUGUCUAUAUAACUGUUGAUAUAAAACUUCCAUUUCCACCUUCCUUGUUCACUUCUCUAAAGGAUUUGUGGGUUUCAAGUUGAAUAAUCUGUUCCAACGAUUCAAAUGGCAAAAGAAGUUGUUAACCCCGAUGAACCUGUUGUUGUUGGGGAAGAAUUAGACCAUGUGCGACUGAUCACUUUGAACAGGCCUCGACAUUUGAAUGUCAUCUCAUCCAAAGUGGUUUCCCUGCUAGCUGAAUACUUAGAAAAAUGGGAACAAGAUGAGCAAGCAGCGCUUAUUCUAAUCAAGGGAUCUGGGCGUGCCUUUUCUGCUGGUGGGGAUUUAAAAAUGUUCUAUGAGGGAAGGACAUCAAAGGAUUCUUGCCUUGAGGUGGUCUAUCGAAUGUAUUGGCUUUGCUAUCACAUUCAUACCUAUAAAAAAACCCAGGUUGCUCUUGUUCAAGGAAUUUCAAUGGGAGGUGGUGCAUCGUUGAUGGUCCCAAUGAAGUUCUCUGUUGUAACGGAAAAAACUGUCUUUGCAACACCAGAAGCAAGUAUUGGUUUUCAUGUGGACUGUGGUUUCUCAUACAUGCUUUCCCAUCUCCCUGGGCAUUUGGGGGAAUAUUUAGCUUUAACAGGUGCUAGGCUAAAUGGCAAGGAAUUGGUUGCAGCUGGACUAGCAACCCAUUUUGUCCCCUUUGAGAGACUGCCUGAGCUAGAGAAGCGUCUGAUUAGCUUGAACUCUGGUGAUGAGAAUGCAGUCAAAGCUACAAUUGAGGAAUUUUCUUUGCACGUGCAGCUCGAUGAAGACAGUGUUUUAAACAAGAAGCCGAUAAUUGAUGAGUGUUUCUCAAAGGAUUCUGUUGCAGACAUUAUAAAAUCAUUUGAAGUGGAAGCUAGUAAAGAGGGAAAUAGGUGGAUUGGUCCUGUACUGAAAGGGUUGAAAAGAUCAUCGCCAAUAGGAUUGAAAAUAACGUUGAGAUCGAUUCAUGAAGGAAGAAAGCAAACACUGCCUGAAUGUCUGAAGAAAGAAUUUCGACUAACCAUGAAUAUUUUGAGGACCACAAUAUCUGAAGAUGUAUACGAGGGUAUUAGAGCUCUCACCAUUGACAAGGAUAAUGCUCCUAAGUGGAAUCCACCAGUUCUUGACCAAGUGGAUGAUAAAAAGGUAGACCAAGUAUUUCAGCCAUUUAAAGAGGAUUUAGAGCUCAAAAUUCCAGAACAGGAACAGUGCAGGUGGGAUGGAAAAUAUGAGGACUCGCCAUAUGCAAACUGAAAGGAUGACGGAGGAUGUAUGAAGCACAAUAAAAAUUUAUGGUCAGGAGCUGCUUCUUUCCUGAAAAUCCUCCAUGCAAGAAAUUAUAUCACUUUAUAGUAGCUUGUAUUAUCCAUCUACUGGUUGAUUUUGUGUGUUUCACUAACGAAUCUUUGAAUAAAGGUAAUUAUUUACUAAAAAUUCACACGCGUGUCAGUCUGUUAGAUGAUAUGGUAAAAUUUAGACUGUUCCAUGUUUUUGUAUAA